UAACAAAUUCAAUAUCCAAAACAAAGAAUUAUUGUACGUGAUACCAAUACGAAUUUAAGCAUCUAGAAAUAUCGUUGCUUUAGAACUUCUAUCCAUAUCUAAAGCUUAGGUGGAUCUUUUACAACCAGAUCCGUACCUUUUUCUGGGAGGUUUUCUGUUUUCAAAGGAAGGGUGCUUUAAAUCAUUGACAUAUAUUCCAAUGGGAUCUACAUGGAAACCAGGUCACGAUCCUGAUAACGAUUCACGAUCCACUCCUGAGAUUAGAGAGCCUGAUACUAGAAUUGAAUCAAAUGAUUCAGAUAAUUAUUCCCCCGGAACUAGCGGGAUAUUUAAUAACCCACAUUUCGAACUCUCUCAACAUAAUUUAAGAGAAUUAGAAAGGUCUGUUUCCCCAUUUGAGAUAUCCAAGAUUCAUGGUCAAGGGGAACAACUACAAGAUGUAGAAGUGAAAGGAGUGGAUGAAGUAGUACCUCCUAAACCUAAACGUAGAGGUCCUAACAUGGAUUUCCCCAAUUUUGUUGAAGUUAUACAAGAACAAAUUGAUCUUAGAAUGGCUUCAUCAAAUAACCCCACUGCAGUGUUAGAAUUAGAUAUGAAUGGAUGCGUACGACAUCUCAGUAAGAAUUGGGAAAUUAUUGUUGGAACCAACAUUAAGAAAAUUGUAGGGAAACCAAUAUCAAAUAUUAUUCUUGGGAAUCACGAGGAAGAUAAUAUGGUGUUUUACAAAGCACUUGAACAAAUGAUUCGUGAUGACGGGAGUUAUAAAGUCAAGUUUAUUACACCUACAAAUGAUCGGAUUUGUGAAAAUAGCUUGAUAAAUACUCAUUCGAGUGGAAAGACUACACCUAAUAAUUCAUUGGAAGAUCUUAGCUCAACAUUGGAAGGAGAUAAUAAUCCCAAAGUUAGUUCCGUGGAGAUGCAGAGACAAGAAGAAGAGGGAAAGAAUCGUAAACAUGAAAGUUUGGAUAAUAGUUCCACUAAUACUGAUAAUUCCGAUUUGACUACCAAUGGCGAGAUUAUUGAAUUGGAAGCACAAGGUAUCUUAAUCCAUGACUACGCAACAAAGUUACCCACUCAUUCUAUGUGGACCAUAAAGCCAUUCAUUGUGGUUAAUCUUGAUUUACAACUCCCUCCGUCAUUGAUCAACUUAUUAGGAUUUGGAUCUGAAUUUUUUGAAGGUUAUUUAAUUAAUUUAAAGGAGUUAGGGAUCAUAAAUGAAGAGGCUGUUCCUCAACCCAAAUCUAUUCUUUGCAGAAUUUGUGAACAGCAUGUCCCAGUAUGGUUCAUAGAGAGACAUAGCGAACUUUGUAUCGUUGAACAUCGAGUCAAUGAAGAUUUACAGGCAUGUCAUGACCUUAUAUCGGAUCAAAGAGAUCUUAUAUUAAAGAUUACUGAAAGUUAUUGGAACCAGCAACAGUUGCAACAAUUACAUCAGCAGCAACAACAGCAACAACGGACUUCCAAAGAAGGGUCACUUACGCCUCCUGGUCUGUCACCGUUGGCUGGAAGCCCAAAUUCUUCAACAUCAUCACUUCCAGGAUCUCCAAGCUCUCCAGCUCCUCAGAUUCAAGAUUAUAAGGGAAUUAAACUUCCACCAUUGUUGGCUUAUGAAACUUCUCAACCUAUUCUACUGUCAUUAUUAAAUACGAAGAAAUUCCCCUUCGGUAUUUUACAGAGAUUAGUACAAUUGUGCGAUGAAGCCCUACAAAUAAACCCAGUAGAAGAAAUAGGGGUCAAAGAAGAUUUUAAGUUUAGUCCCAACACAGAAAGAGCUAUUACUUCUGUAGCCAAUUGGAGAGUGUUUGAAACGAAUGAUUUAGCAAUUCGAACAAUGGUUGAAGAUACUCAAAGAUUAACUCGAGAUAAAAUCGAAACUUUAUCAAGGCUUGUUUCAGUUUUACAAUUUUCCAAGAAAAUAAAGAAUGAAGUGGAUGAAUUAGUCUUGGAAACAGUAAGAGAAACUGUGUGUAAGAUUAAGGAACAAACCAAUUUGAAUGAGAAUGAAUAUCAAACUGAUGCUGAUGACGACUCUAGCAUUAACGACCAAACAAUAUCGGAAAAAGUUGAAGGAUUAAAUUUUAUAGUUCAGGGCCUGCCCGAUGUUUCUCUAGAUGAUAGUCAAACUAUACAAAGUACUCCUAUUGAAACAAUAAUUCAUUCGCCACAGCCAUCACGAACAAGAAGCCCACCUACUAAUAAGCUAUUUUCAGAGGCAUAUGACUCUCCUAGAAGCACCUCACCGUCAGGAAUGCCAACUAUGAGUCAAUCCAUAACUCCCAAAGAUUUCUUAUUGAGAGGACGGUUACCAUAUGAUAUUUCAAAGAAUAACCUGUCUUCUUCCUCCCUGUCUGUUCGUACCAAUUCGAGAGAAUUGACAUUGUUAGAAUCAUUCAAUGACCUUGAUGUGAGUGGAAAUCAAAUUCCAAAGAGAAGAGGUAGGGAGAAUAUGUCGAAUAAUUCUUCAAUUUCCUCACCACGGCGCCACCUUUCACCAGCACCGUAUGUCGAGAAGCAAACAAUGUCAUCUUUCCAGCGGAAUUCUAAUUCUAGAUUUGAUACAAACAAUAACACCCCCAUGUCAUCACCAUCCAUUCAACACUCCGAGGUUCUUGGGGAUAGUAUAGUUACUGGAAGUGCAAGUAUCGGAGGAAAUAAUAGCAGUGGUUUUCCAUUACCAGAAAAGAGAGUCAGCUCUGGUGGAAGUCUUUCAAAUCCUGCACCAUAUUUAGGACCUUUAAGUUCCAAAUCUUCCACGUCAAAGCCUCCAUUAUCUCCUUUGCUUGUGUCACUGACACCAAGUAGUAAACCUUCUAGUGGAUCAAUCAAAGAUUAUGAUAUUUUGAAAGCAAUAAGUAAAGGUGCAUUUGGCUCAGUAUUUUUGGCAAGAAGGAAAUUGACCGGUGAUUAUGUUGCGAUUAAAUGUUUAAAGAAGACUGAUAUGAUUGCAAAGAAUCAAAUUCUCAAUGUCAAAUCAGAGAGAGCAGUAAUGAUGCGUCAGUCAGAUUCUCCUUAUGUUGCACAGCUAUACAGCAGUUUUCAAACUAAAGAUUAUUUGUAUCUUGUUAUGGAGUAUCUUAAUGGAGGCGACUGUGCUACACUUUUAAGUGUUUUGGGUACUCUUGGAAAUCAAUGGGCAAAACGAUAUAUUGCUGAAGUUAUUGUCGGUGUGGAUGACUUGCACGGAAGAGGUAUCAUCCACAGAGAUCUUAAACCUGAUAACUUAUUAAUUGACAGUAAGGGCCAUUUAAAACUUACAGAUUUUGGUUUAUCUAGGAUGGGUGUCAUUGGUCGACAAACUAGAACUCAUAGGAAAAGUAGUACAUCUGACCAAUCGAUUGAGUUUUUCCGCAAAAGUUUAACACAAGCCGGACUGAGUCCCUUAGUAACAGUUUCAGGAUUUGGAAGUACUGGAAGUACAUCCGACUCUCUGGAUUUCCAUAAGAGAACCAGUUCUGUUACCCCGUUUUCACUUUCACCUACUUUGGAUCAAAUAAAGCUUUCCACUUCUUUUUCCGCUUCUCCAAAUUCAAGUGCGAAUAUAUUAGGUGAAACUAGUAGCACUGCAGGUACAAUUGCAGGAAAUGGCACUGUAGGAAGAUCAGGAUCGAUAAAUACUCCACCAUUCAGAUUAGGAAGAUCAGGAUCCAAUUUGAGCGGUGGUCUUGAAUCGCCAUUACUUAGACCUUUGCCAAGAACUUCAUCUGAAACAUCAUUUGCACUUAUUGACGAUGAUUUCCAAGUUAGCCCUCAUCAAAAUGCUGGAAACAUUACGUCAUAUGCAUUGUAUGAUCCUCAGAAUGAAGAUGUGAAAAAAUUCGUCGGUACACCAGAUUACUUAGCUCCAGAGACUAUUAGUGGUGUAGGACAAUCAGAAGCAUCCGAUUGGUGGUCCCUUGGAUGUAUGCUAUUUGAGUUCAUAUUUGGAUAUCCCCCAUUUCAUGCAGAUACCCCGGAAAUGGUAUUCGAGAAUAUUUUAGCAGGGAAAAUUGAUUGGCCACCACUUUCAACGGAAGAAGAAUUAGAGAUUUGUCCGCCAGACGCAAAGGAUUUAAUUCAAAAAUUAUUAGUAUUAAAUCCCGAGGAAAGAUUGGGAUCUAACGGUGCAGAAGAAAUUGAAAACCAUCCUUACUUUAAGGGCAUCAAUUGGGAAAAUUUGUUUACCGAAGUCCCAUCUUUCAUUCCGACCCCAGAUAACCCUGAGUCAACUGAUUAUUUCGACAGCAGAGGUGCAGAUAUUUCUCAAUUUCCGAAGGAGGAUUCAGAUGAAGAGAAGAAUUACCAAGACGAGGAGCGUAAGAAAUACUCUGCUGGAACAACUCUGCCGAAUAUCAGUUCCACAAUCAAUACAACUGAGCUUGGAUCACCAUCUAUUUCCGAUAGUUCCUUGAUGCCUGCACCACAAACAAAAAGAGAAAGACGUGGUAGUAGAUUGGCAGAUCCAACAGAGUUUGGCAGUUUCAAUUUUAGGAAUUUAUCAGUUUUGGAGAAGGCGAACAAAGACGUGAUCAACCGAUUAAAAACUGAACAUCUUGAACAUAGAAAUAGUUUUUCAUCAUCAUCCUCCGAAUCUAUUUCAUAUCCAGCAACCAGAGGAUUUACGGGAACUGGCCCUGGAAGCCCUUUCAAGAGGCCAGUAUCUCCACAGAAUCGUGCGAUUUCCCCUGCUAAGCAAGGUGAAAUGCACGUUGCAGUUCCAUCGCCUCAAAUUUUUGGGACGAAACACGAGCGGGUGGGUUCUGCUGCAAGUAUGUAUUCUUCUGGUGACGAAUUUCCAUUUGAACUUAGUAAGGGCUCUCCUCUCAGUGAGAACAGUAAGUUAUAUAAAACUGGUUCGGAAAGCAACAGCAUAACUGGUGGGAUUGCACACAAAUCGUCAGUCUCAUCACUCUCAAAACAGGUGCUCAAAUCACUCAACGAUUUUUCACCAUCAAGCUCCGACACAGAAGACAGCAAGUCUUCAGCCUUACUACGUGUUAGGAAGAGGAGACAGAGUAGUAGAGCGCCUGGCUCCUUUUCAAUGCUGGCAGACACUUCACGACCAACUUUUCAUGAGAUUGAUGUCUUAUAUUGUGAGCCAAUUCCAAUCGUUCGUCAUUCAAUUGCAAGACUUUUAGAGAAAUUGGGCUGUAUCGUAGUUACUGUGUCAGAUGGUGAUGAAUUAGUUCGCCGAGCUACAAGUCAAGUAAAAUUUGAUAUUAUCUUCACAGCUUUGAAGUUACCAAAAGUGGAAGCGCCGGACGCGGUCAAACUUAUCAGAUACACUACAGGAUUGAAUGCCAAUACAACAAUUGUUGCAAUUACGGGGUUUGCUAAAGAGGCUUUACAAACUGGAUGCUUUAACGAUGUUCUUGAGAAACCAAUCGAUUUAAACAUGCUUCGUACAUGCUUAGCACAUUCUUGUAACUGGGGUCCAAUGUCUAGGAAUCCAGGAGAUGAAGAGGCUAUUGAAUCCGAUACAGAGAAGUCAUGAUUAGAUUUUAUCUAGUGUUGAUUAUAUAAUAGAUGCUAAAGGAUUUAAAUCUUUAUAGUCUAUAUAUGUAAAUGCAUUUCUAC